AUGGCCCCCAAGAAGAAAGCAGUCACUCCCGAAGGCCAUACCGAUCGUGAAUCUGAUGGGCAUUCUCUGCAAGUCACUCCACCUGGUGUAGAGACGAUCACUACAGUAAUUGGACAGGUCCGAGAACGCCGCACCCAGAUCCGACAAGACAUUCGACGUGACUUUACCAACGAUGUAUCGCAAUUCAAGACGCGAAUCAACCAGCACUAUGAGGCUCAGGAGACCAAGCGCAUGGAAAUCGCCCGACAGCAGAUCCGCCGCCUUUCCGAAGCCAUUGAAAAGAAGGCUGCUUGUGAAGACAAGAUUCUCAAAAUGAUUGCCAUGAUGGCUAAUGAAACUGACAAGCUCCACUCCAUCAUGGAAUGUGUCCUAAAUGCCCGCCAACAGCUUGUCCUUGAGGCAGCAUCGUCUGACAAGUACAAGGAGAAAAAGAGGUGA